AUGGCGGACUUCACGCCACAGGAGCAGUUUUCAAUAAUCAGCCAGCAGCUUCUGCUGCUGGAUCAACUUUGCGCACAGGACAAAGCCACAAAAUUACUGGAGGCUGUCAGCCCUCAAUUUCAACCCUCACAUGAGACACAGCAAGUCCCAAUGCCUGUAGUCACCCUGCGGGAUGCCGAUACGGCCGCAGGGGCACAUCUUGCGCUAAGGGGCGAGCGUGAAGUGCGUGAGACUGUUCCCAUGGGCUCCGAAGCUCCUGCAGUGUCGGAAACGGACUUAUUGGAUGUGAGGAGUCCCAAGGAGCUGCGCUUUCAGCUGAUGCAGAGGGCUUCUAUGGAGCACCAGCAGCAGCUGCUGCGUCAGAGGGCACUCUCACAGCAACAACAGAGAUUAGUGUUUCAGAGGUCUCAGGAGCGCAAUGCCGCACCACACGAUCUUGCACAGCUCUUUUCUGACAUCCACGAAGCCCGAAAACAACAGUGUCAACACAGAGUGCCGCAGACGGGACCAGCAGCUCAUGAGCAAAAACUCGAGGGAUGGCUAACGGCGACCAGCUGGCGCCAUCACUCCAGUAAAGUGUUUAGUGAGGACGAUGGUAUAUCCUUGUCGAGACAUCAUCGCACGCAUGAAGCAUCUGGGGCAGCGACGAGCUCGAAGCGGGACAAAAAGCUUAGUGGACAGUCCCGCGAUGCAGACCGGCAGCUGGAGCCUCAUCAGCGAGAAGAUCCACGACACUUGGUAUGUGAAGACCCACAGAAUCUAGGGGAAAACUUUUCGGAGAAGCGAAGGCAAAUGUUACGCGCUGCAGCUUUGUUGGAUACCAGUGCACUUCUGACUAGCACGCUUCACGCCUUCCGGUCCUCUAACACUGAGAUACGCGAAACAGAGGGCCCCAAAAUGGAUAUAUAUCCCGGCUGGAGCUACAGUGAUAAAAACUCCGGGGACAGUCGCUGUGAUGGUGACGACUUAACUUGCAAUCUCUCCCGUUCGCAAAUUAGCGCGUCUCCCCCUGCGCUUGACGCUCCUCGAAGUCCAGCAAGUGGCAAGGUGAUACAAGUACACGGGGAGCCUCUGUCCCCUGCUUUCCUCUGUGCUAGCCUUCCCAGUAGAUGUUUGUCGCACCACUGUCUAAGAGUGACUCUUCACGCACGGCGGUGUUCAAUUCGGACGCGCCGCUAUUGGAGGGCCCUGGUACCACUCUUCCCUCGACGGAGCACCUACACCCCGGCAGCUGUGCUUUCGGAUGAAGAUAUGGGGCGAUACGUAAAUAUCAGGCCGCGUAUCACCGACUCACAGGAUCCUGUUGCUUCCCUUGAGUCGUGGGCCCCCCCAAAGGAGCCUUUCACAGCCCCUGGGCUCUAUCGCCUCGAAGAAGGUACCAGGAUCCUUGGAGCCUGGGGCAUAGCUGUAGACGAUGUUGGAUGCCUCAGGCGCUGCACCGCCGCAGUUGGGGAUGCUGAAGGGGGCACUACAGAAAGAAUAGCUUUAACUCGAAGAAAACGCCCCAAAGUGUUUCAGAACCUGUCUCAGCACCAGCCGUCGGAAACCCCGUGGAGCAGGGUACUAAAGGAGGCGGGCACUACGGAAGCUGAAGGUUUGCAGACCUUGGAGCGUUGGUAUACGCGAACAGCGAGAGAACCGCCGACGGAGCAGCAGAUAUGGGCAGUCACGCCCGAGGAAUAUGCUGCCGCCUUUGGCGAUUAUGCAGAGGGUCUGGUGGCCUCCCUGGAGAGGCUUAUCCAGAUGCGGCAGCCACCAACCCAGGGAGGUGGGACUGCGAGGAGCUGUGGAUGCCCUUGUAGCGUUUGUUCUGGCCAGCUGUGCCGUGUGCGGCUGGCGUGGCGACGAACGCUCAUGGCUUUUGAAGUCGCAGUUGAUAAGGCUGCGGCGGAGCGUCUGCCUACAGAUUCCUCCGGAGAGGAGUCAGGUGAAGGCACCGUUGAUUUAGCCACAUGUAGGCGACCCGUUUCCACUACACGAAGCAACAAGGGAGGCUGGGAAUGGUGCCGCAUUUGUCCCUUGGGGUGCCGCAUGCAAUUUCGCUUGAUUUUGCAUGAGCUGUACCAGCCCCUUUCAUUGACAAGGUCAGGCUUCCGGAGUGCUGUAGGCCAGAUGCUGCUGAGGCUACGCCAGUACGUCAUUUUGUCACCUCUAGCCGCCGUUUUUCUCAUGCAACGGGUACGACAGAUCAGACAUCCGCAUUCUCUAAGAGCGGGCGUGCCAGAAGCACGCAAGGAAGCCGACGACGUGGAGGGCUGCAAGGGGGCCCGGUCUUCGCACGUGCAUAGCUGGGCUACGCGGGAUUGGGCAGAAGCGUGCUUGCAGCGGCGGAGACAGAGCCUGACCUCCAACGAGUCAGACAUCGUAGUAACUAGCGGCGACCUCGACAAGAGCGUCACCCGGCUGUCCAUGCUUUCAACUAAUCUGUAUCGACCACCAGCAACUAGGGCCUCGGAAGAAAAGAUAUGUCCUAUGUCUGCAGUUGAUGGCGGGCAUUGUGAGGCCAUCCCAUGGCUGCCGGAGGCAGUGGACAACACAGAGGUGGCAAAAUAUGCACCUGAGCAAUUGCGCCUUCUUUUAGGAGCAAUACCGUUGCAUAAGGGCUUGGUGUCUCCACGUGGCGCCGAAAGAAAUGUGAUACGGGCAGCAGCUGCGUCUGGCGUUGUGGGUGAUCACGAAUAUGAGGAAGAGGACACGCACAGCCCGCGCUAUAGCUACCCUGUUUCACUUGCUUCUUCGCAAGUUCCAUCAACGUGUAGCACGCCGCCAGCACAGUCCAGACGUCCCCGCAUAGGCCGGUGUUUUGCGGUGCCCCGUAAUGCUGGUUCCCAAGGGAGUGAUGGAGCCUCUGGAAAUUCCUCAUCCGCAACUUCACAGGAAUGCGAACUUCAUAACCAUUGCGAUGGGAAUGGGAGAGCUCGCAGAGGCCGGACUUUUGAUAGAGAUGAUUGUGGGAGAUUUGGAAAUGGCGGGGACGGAUACGGUGGAGAUGGAGUGGAUGUUUCACCCCGCAGGCUUCGUCGAAUGCCACGAGCGCGGCUAACAUCGGAUGAGCUCCACGCAACGCCAGCGCGCCUUGCAGAAAUUUCUCGGAGAGUCAUGCCUCUGGUGCCGUGGUGGUGGGGGGACUACAUCAAGACAGGGGCUGCACAGGAAUCAGCAAGACCAGACUCGAGGACUUUAGACAGCAACGAGUGCGAUUCCGACAGCUCUUCGUCUGUGAGUUCUACCAUUUCACUCGCAGCAGCUCCUCACUUAUUUCGCAUUCCUUACGAACCGAUGUUAGAGGCCUCCCAGUCAAGUGCUGGCGUCAGUGCUGGGCAAGUGCAAAAUGCGGGAACGGGGACUACAGUGGCACAAACGAAUGAUGCUCUCACCAGCCAAAACCGAAUAGGGAUUUCCAUGGCCUUCCACGAAGGAGCGGAUGCCGUGGGUAUCCACAGCGGAGACCUACCCAUCGAACUGAUUCAUGCUGCUGCCGAGCUUGUGGACAGUUUGGAUAACUGGCCUUUUGAACUGGGGGAACGCCAGACUACUCAUUCCAUUGGGCUGCCUCGCGGCCAUGGCCUGCUUACAACUGAGCAAAUUUUGGGGCUUCAUAUAGACACUACGGCACCCGCUUCCAAUGCUGCAGGAGUACCAGGCUCCGGCCAGCAAGGAAGAAAGGCAAAGCAACAGAAGGGCCCUGUGGACUCGUCCUUAGUUGGGUUGCAGCCGGGAAGUAGCCAGGGCAUCUUGACGUUCGUUUCGUCCAUCCUGUGCACCCCGUCGGAUGGUGAGGUCGAGUGUGUAAAGGGAUUUGAGUUGCUAGAAGGAGUCCUGAACACUCUUUUCGACUCCACCAACGGCCCCAUAGACCAAAGCCUUGAGGCUUAUGCUGUUGUUUCACUUGUAUGUGGACGUUUUGGAGUGCCUACAGGGGCCACAGAUACUCGGAAUGGCACACCCCAUAUCUCAGACCCGUUGGACUUCAAUUCGCGCAUGCAGGUUAGUGCAACCAAUGUUUUCAAGACGAAGACUGAACAUGAGGACGCAUCGAAGGUACUUUCUGAGGCUGCUCGACGCACAGAUAAUGCCACACCAGUAUAUUUGGAUGUCACUACGCCUCUCCUUCGCUCGUUAGCAGCUUCUGCGACGCCUGCAGCGGAACCCACGCAGGACCGACUGGCUGUGGACGAUUUCUACGCCCUUCCUUUAUUGAAGCGAGCCGUCUCCUACAGAGAUACUUACGAGCCGUUUGACAAGGACUAUACAGAUGUGCAGAUACGAUUAAAGCCUUUGAGGGCUUUUGGGGUAAAACAGCAGCGCUACUCACGCUUCAGGCGUCGCUCUUGGAGGCAGUCUCCACAGAGUAGUGGCAGUUCUCCACGUGGCAGCUCUCACGCAUCUUCUCGCUCCCAGGGGUCAGCCGCACUUGACCACACAAAGGGCGUACGAGGCGGUACUGGGACACGGUUGGGGACAGUGGCAUCGUUAGGAGAACGUUCAGGGACAGUGCGGAUUGGUGGCAGACGUGUAGUGGUUCGGAAUGUGGAGGGCGUUCCUGUAUGGGCGUCUCAAGAGCCGGGUACUGGCGGUCUCUCUGACUUCUCUAUUUCCCGCUGUAGCAUGUCUGUAGAUUCAAAUCUAUCAAGCCGCGGUGUGAGCGUUUGCAGCCGAGCCACUAGCAACGCAGGGUCUACUUCGGACACUUCACUACAAGGUGGUGCGGGCCCACAGAGUUCCAGCGCUCACGAGCGAGGUGCUGCACGCCAGAGACGGGGGAGGAGUCGGCCUGCCCCCGGUGGUCGAGGCCAGGGUGGGGGUGGCAACUCCUCCACUCCCACAGGAGUCUACCUCGACGUUGCACGCAAGCUUUGGCGCUGCCAGUGGAGAGAGAACGGCAGAUUUAAGACGAAAAGCUUUCCGUUGAAUCAGUAUAAGACUCUGAAGGAGGCACGUAGAGCCUGCGUCGUCUUUCGUUGCUUGAUGGGAGGAUGGGAGGUGCAGCCUGCAUGGCUUGGGGAUGAUGAGGGAGGGGACAUUGACGCUUCAGAUAAUCCCGAAAGCCUCCCCGCAUCCUCCGGAGGUGAUGCAGGUGUAGAAACAAUUCCUCCAGAAGCCACUACCUGA